GAACUAGGUUCACAAGCCUGACAAGUUUCUACCAUGGAACACAGCCAUCCCUUCCCUCCCACCAUGGAGUUUCCUGAGGACGAUGCUUUCGACCCCACACUCGACGAGUUUUGGUGCCGCCGGCCCUGCUGCUGCAUCCGGUCUUGCUGCUGCUGCCGACCUUCCUGCUACCAGCCUUCUUGUUGCUGCCGACCUCUCUGCUGCCGGCCCUGCUGCUGCUGCCGGCCUUGCUGCUGCUGCCGGCCUUCCUGCUACCAGCCUUCUUGUUGCUGCCGACCUCUCUGUUGCCGGCCUUCCUGCUGCUGCCGACCUGUUUGCUGCUGCCGACCUUCCUGCUACCAGCCUUCUUGCUGCUGCCGACCUCUUUGCUGUUGCCAACCUUGUGGAUGCUGCUGCCGACCUUGCUGUUGCUGCCAGCCCUGGUGAUUCUGCGAUGAGUGCCGUUGGUGAAGCUCUGGGGCUCCGAGGAGUCCUGAAGCAACACAGACAGCCCCAGAGGUGGCAGAAUACCCACGCCGUGAGCAUCCUCGGGAAGACCCAUUGCCCCACCGGAAUGCCGAGCGCCUUUUCUUUUCUCGCCGAAGCUUUGCGCCUGCCUCCUUUCCCGUUUACCAAGUCUUCUCUUCCUUACUUUAAUCCCUGAAAAAAGGGUCUCUCACCAAUUCCUAGUAUGAGAAGGAGGCAUGAUUAUUGUGUACGAUACCUCUUACUUUCUUGUCCUUCACUUUUUCUCCCUGAAUUUUGAAACUGAUGUGAUGACUUCUAAUUCAAAUAAGGCAUUAAGAACCUUUGUUUUCUAAAGAUACAUGGACUGUAGAAGUAAGGAGCUUUUAGUUUGUCCGCAUCUGAUGACUGGAGCUUUGACUCUCCAAAGCUCCUGCCCCUCAAAAUCUAAUAAGUCUCUAAGAUGCUACUGGACUCUUUCUGCUCUUGUGAACUGAUUUUGCCGCAUGAGCUGUUCUCUUCCAUAUUCUUCCAGUGUAACUCUGAAAUCCUACCAACCAGAGUCUAGAAAAGAAAUGAAAGGAUUCCAUCUAAGAGAGCCAGUUUGGUGCAGUGGUUAAGUCUGUGGACU